ACAAAAAGGUGUAAAAGUUGCCCAUUCACCACCAUCUUCCUUGCCGCAAGACCUCUCUGGGAAGUUUAGUUCAGUUAAUUUAAUAAAUCUGGACUAAAAAGCAACUCUCAGUAAUGAUGACCAGGGGUGUUUAUUCAGCACUGACAGGAUUACAAGAUGGAUUUCACCUUCCAAGCUGACCAACUGCAAGCUUUGUCAAAACUGUUGUCCUGUUCAGAUCGAGAUGAGGCGGAAUUGGAUGAGGAGCCUUGCGCAGGAAGCUUUGAACUGAAUCCUGGGCAGAUUGGGCCAACAAACCGAUCGACUCCCACAGCUAAAGAAGAUUUCAAGCCUGAAAAACCUUCAGACCCCAAACGGAUCUGGUCAGAGGAUGAUGUGCCUGAGGGGUCAGAGUUUGAGGAUAUCUGGGAUCCAAGAAAACAGCCUGAAUAUGAGAUUUUGUUCAAACAACGAGUUGGUACAGAGGAUGUGUUUUUCGGCUUGAGCAGAAAGGAUAGCUCCACAGCCUGCUGUGAAGACAUGGUGAUCAAAAUCAAGCUGCCAGAUUGCAAACCAACAGAUGUCACUCUGGACAUUAAAGAACGGUUUCUUGCUCUUCGAUCACCAGACUAUAAACUGGGAUUGCACCUGCCUCAUCCAGUCGAUAGUAAGAAUGGAAAAGCGCGUUUCAACUCAGACACUCAGACACUGGAAGUUACCUUAACUAUGAAGAGGGAGUUUGAUUUCAUUAACUUUGCUUGAACCAAGUAAUGAGGAUGAGAAGUUUUCAGUGGAGUAGAAUUGAGUUAAAAUUGUUGUCAGAUACUUUGUGUAUUCGAGCACUGUCUGUCGAUAUUUAACAUGUUGGUUUAAAAGAGGCAGUUCCAUGUAUAUUCCCCAUUCUAGAAGAAAAAUAGGAUUAAAGGAAUUCCAUUACCAUUUUAGCUUCGUGCAAUAAAAUCAUAAUUUGUAAAAGUAAAACAAAUGUUAAAUUUCACAGUAGUCUUGAUGUUUCUGGUGAUUGGAGUUCAGUGGAUUCCUAUGGGCAUUAAUGGUGAGGGAAUUAUUGUUUUAAACCACGAGUAGCGCUGGCUUGUGACUGUAAUGCUCCACUUCAGUAGUACAGCAAAUUUUUAUUGUUUGCUUUGCGAAAAUGUGAAACAGCUUGACAAAGACUAAUAUUUAAGCAAUAAUGAUGCUGUGAUUUUGAUGUAUGUUCAAAAAAUUGGGAAUGAAGCUUGCACCGAAUUAGUUUUCCGACUCUCAGAUUUGAAUUAGAAGGCAUACAGAAGCAAGGACACAUGUACUAAUCAACCCCACUGCCCUGUGGCCGAACUCUUCAACUCCCCUUCCACUCCGCCAAGGACAAACAAAUCCUGGACUUACUCCAACGCCAAAUUCUAGCCACCCAAUGCCUGGAGGAAGAACACCUCAUUUCUGCCUUCGGACCCUCCAAUCAAAUGGGAUCAAUGUCGAUUUCUGAUCUCCCCUCCCCCCACCUUAUUCCAGAUCCAACCUUCCAACUUGGCACCGCCCUC